AUGUAAUCGCAUCUUCGCCUGCCGACAAACCAGCUCUCUCCAUAGCAACCUCCCAGGAACCUGGAGAACAUGUUCAGCACGGCAGCAGAGUGCAGUGUGCGUGUGAGAAGACACUGAGGUCCGGCGCUUGGUGAGCACACGAGAGGAGGACAGAGUGGAAGAUGGACAACUCCUCCUAUGCCAGUGCUCCAUGAACAAGUAACGUCGUGUUGGUGUGUUGGAGUCAUGGCGUCUGCCGGGCCUGAGCUGCAGUGGAAGUGGAUAGAGCUGCAUGACUUGGUGUCCCUGCAUGCUGUAGAGAAGAAGUUUCAAAACUCUGCCGGAGCUGCUGUCAGGCCGAGGCAGUGGAGGCUCCACGGUCGUCCCAGACCACACCUCUCUCGGCUGGACGCAUACAAGCUGCAUUACGCAGCCUGGGACGGACGCGUGGAGCACGUCAAGGGUCUGGUGAACUGCGGCGUCCCUGCUGACUGCACAGAUCCUCGCGGCUGGACGGCCAUCCACCAUGCUGCUUUCAGAGGACACCUCGCUCUGCUCCGGUUCCUGCUUCAUGCCAGCAAAAUGGAUGUGAACUCCCCGGAUAUCUUUGGCUGCACCCCUCUGCAUCGGUCCUGCAUGGGAGGCAAAAAAGACGCCACCGAGUACCUCCUCCAGAAGGGAGCGUCCCACUGGGCACGUUCCUGUUGUGGCCAAACACCCCUCCACCUGGCUGCGGCUGGAGGGCACCUGAGCACAGCUCGGACGCUGCUGCAGCACCUGGCAUCACCUGAUGUGCUGGACUCCCGUAGGUGGACGCCACUGCAUUGGGCCGUGUUCGGGGGUUGGGGCGAUGUGGCCGAGCUGCUGCUGGAUAACGGGGCGGAGCUGGAAGGGCCGAACGGUGUGGUGACUAGUCCCCUGCAGCUGGCUGUGAUGAUCGGAAACGAGUCAGCCGUCAGACUCCUGCUUCAUCGCGGAGCCGAUGCUAACCUCAGAGGUUCCAACGGCCGAACGGCACUGCACCUGUGUGCCUGCUCUGCUGAGAAGAAGGUCCUGCAGCACCUGCUAGCUGCUGGAGCGAAGGUGAGUGUGAAGGACAAGGAUCAGGCCACUCCGCUGCACCUGGCUGCCCUCAGUGGCUCCGGAGCGGUUCUCCAUCUCCUCAUCCUGAACGGGGCCGGGCUGGAGGACAGGGACAGCCUUCACAUGACCCCGCUGCAUUGCUCCACACUAAAGGACAACGCUGAAGCAGCAAAGCUCCUGCUGCAUUAUGGAGCAGACGUGAACGCCACUGAAAGGCUGGGGAGGACCCCACUGCACCUGGCCAUAGAAAGGGGACACUGCAAGGUUCUGAGCGUUUUGCUGGAGAGAGGUGCAGACCCGUCCAUCAAGACCAAAUGGAAGGAGACUGCAGAAGACCUGGCGAGAACAAACAAGCAGUACGGAUCACUUAAAGUGCUCCAGGAACACAGGGAACCUCCAGUGAAAUCUCCACCUCUAGUCCACAUUAUUACUGAGAGUGUUUGGUAACAACAGACCGACAAGGCGUGAAGUUUAGAUCAACAAAGGUUUAUUGUCCUGAAACACACUGUGUUGUUGUUUUUAUUUAACCUUCUGUCUGACUCAUCUAUCAUUUGUUGUACUGACACGUGUUGUGCAACCGUCUGAACACGGUGACGUGUGUAGGGAUCACGUGCUACGCGUGUUUCCGUGAACUAACGUGUACUAUAAUAACGUGCUGUCUGCGUGGUGACGUCAUCGCGGAGGGUUACGAUGACUUUCGCAAUGUGCUGCGGUCCAAACCCUCGUUCCUGGAAUCGACGUCAUCGGAACUUGUGUUGUUACUAACACGCAAUAAAAUAUAGUUAACAAAUCGAUAUUUUCUCAUUUUAUGGAGAGAGAGAGAGAUAAAAAAAA